UCUCUAUAAAUGGUGGAGAGAACAGAGUACUCUGCUGUGGUGAUAUUAUUAGGCAAUGGAGGGAAGUUCAAAGGGAAAGGCCACGGAAGAGAAUGAAUCGGGGGAAGUUAGAUACAGGGGGGUUCGGAGGCGGCCGUGGGGGAAGUUUGCCGCAGAGAUACGCGAUUCGACUAGGCCCGGAGGCCCGCGGAUGUGGCUCGGGACUUUUGACACAGCAGAGGAGGCCGCGAGAGCUUACGAUAAAGCCGCUUAUUCGAUGAGGGGUCCUCUGGCUGUUCUUAAUUUUCCUGACGAAUAUCCACCCUCUUCUUCUUCUCCAUCGUCGGCUACGGCAUCGAAUUCUUCCUCUUCGGUUCCGGAGGGGAGGGGGAAAGAGGUUUUUGAAUUCGAGUAUUUGGAUGAAAAGCUGUUGGAGGAUCUUCUUGGGUACGAGGAGAAGAAACCCAAGGGCUGAUGACGUAAGAAAUUAGUCGGUUUAUUAGGCCGAAUAUCUGAGUUAUAAGAAGAAGAAAAAAAGAUCGAGCGCCAUCACUUCUGUCAACUAAAUCUUACUUUGGGAAUUAAAUAAAGUGUAUAAUAACUGUUUGAGACGGUUCCUUAGGGGGCAUCCGAUAAAAUUCUCAACUAAAUCUUACUUUGGGAAUUAAAUAAAGUGUAUAAUAACUGUUUGAGACGGUUCCUUAGGGGGCAUCCGAUAAAAUUGGAACUGUUUGAGAUGAUGUGAGUGAGUUUUGGUUCAUGUGGUAGUGUACAGCCAGAGUUUAUCUUAGCUUUGAUUUUGUGCUGGGCUGUUAGAUUAAGUUG